AUGUCGUCUGUGGUUGUUUAUCAAAUGUUUCUGUUUACAACAUUGUUAGUGGAUGGUGGCUGGAGUGAGUGGAGCUCCUGGAGUAUCUGUACCAAACCAGUUGGUGGUAUACAAACAAGACAGAGAGAAUGCGCCAAUCCAGAACCAGCACAUGGUGGGAAACACUGCGAUGGGACCGGAGCAAUGCUAAGAGAAUGUAACAACAUGUCCAGUUGCCAAGAAGGUAACAUACAAAUUGUAGCCUUUCUGAUUUCAGUGGAUGAAAACUUCUUUGUUGAAACAAAAAUGAACUAAUUCAGGAAUAAAAGCUAGAAUAACAACAAAUGAAUGGAACUGCUAAGGUUGAACUUUAAUCACAUAAUCAUCCACGCAAAGUAUGUGAAAUGCACAAAUUAUCAAAAGUCAGGAGUUCAUUAUAAGUCAGAAAUCCUUCAUGAAUGCGCAAACUUUGUACAUGUAUGGAAUUCACCAAGCUUUUCUUGAAAGAAACAAAACAAAUCUCCACUAUCACUAUCGCUCUGUAAGAAGUCUGCACUAUCAGCGCAAUGGCGAUUACGAAUUUUGUUGGACUGCCCGUAAGCAAUACCUUUUUAGCUAAUCCGGUAGUGCUAACUAUCAUCUAAUGAGAAGAAACAUGUUUAAAAAUGCGAGGGCCUCAGUUAUUAAUAACAUUUUGGCAUUGACCUGCUGGCAAAGAAAAUCAUAUUAGCUUAAUAGGAAAUUCUUCCCCCAUUAACUGAAAAGAAAUCUUUCAACAAUGCAAGGACUGCUGUUACUAGGGUAAUUAUAUGGGGACAUCAUCAACACAAGAACUUACCUAUGCUGAAGUAGUUCACGCUGUUUAUUGUUAUCCUUAUUUGUCAAUUUUUUUUAAUAUUUGAAGAAUUUCCCCUGCGUUUUGAAACAGAGAAGAACCCAUCUGUCGGUACAAUGAAGAUAUUCUCAAACAGCAGCUGGCAAAAGCUUUGUACCAGUCAAUGGGAUGAAGCAGAUGAAAAUUCAACCUGCAUGGCCAUGGGCUACUAUAGCAACGCCGUGUAUACUAAUGACACAAGGUACGCAGAACGUGGCAAUUCCUCAGAGAUGUCCACUCAUUACAACUGUACCAUUCCCACCACAUGUCAAAACAACUUGGAAAAGAAACAACAAUUUUGCAAAGGUAAUAAUGAAUUGCACUCAUAUAAUAUCCACAUGAUCUCCAAAGAUGGUAACUUGAUAGAUUUAUUCACACUCCAGAUAAGAAAAUUUUUCCGAGAUCAAUAAUUGUUCAUCUUCGGGUAUCUUUUAGGUUCUAAAAAGGUAUCUAUCGCUAAAAAUGUAGCGGGUUUCUAUUGUUUACACCCUAAGACGAUUAUAGUUGAAUUACUGCCGAAAGAAGCUGCGCAGUUAUGCAUUUGGGUUUCAUGAACUUCAUAACCUCCAAACCCUUCACCAAGUUUUCCUUAAAACUAUUGCAUCCUUCUAGUUUCCUUUUUUCUCUCUCUUUCGUGUAACUAGGGAAUUUCACAAUUUUUCACCCUAUUUAUACUUAACUAAACGCCUUUUUCUUGAUUAUUCCGUGAGAAAUGCUUUAAAAUGACUUUCUAGUUUAAAAUGUAAAUCACCCUUUUGUGUUCUCCGAAGGCAAAGAAAACACGUCUUGAAUGUUCCAAAAUUGUUGAAAAAACAUCUAAUUUUACAAUUUAAAACGCAGUCACGAAGCAAUGAAAAAGAGGUUUGUCGUAAAACAUUGCAGAAAGGAAACCACAUCGUGACAACGAACGAUGCGGCCAACAUUCGAAUACUGAAUGAUUUGCACCCAGAAUUUCCCUUAAAAAACGCUUAGACAGGCGUGAGCUAUUUAUCAUUUCGUGAUUUAUAGGCAUUCUCGAUUCAUGAUAAUUAGUGUUUUCCAUCUUAACGGAUUGAACUUUUUGUAAUUUCAUAAGUUCCUGUUCGCUUGAAUGGCGCAAAUGUGGAGUAUGGAGGAAGAGUGGAAGUGUUUUACAAGGGGAAAUGGGCAAAGAUAUGUCGGAAUAAAUGGGACUUUAAUGAUGUCAAAGUUAUUUGUCGUCAACUUGGCUUUGAAGAGGCUUUGGCGGAAUUCAUUGGGUCAGACAUAAAGGCUGAGGGAAUACCUUUUGCAAUGUCCGAUGUCUCUUGCACCGGAGAAGAGUUUGAACUUGCAUCAUGCGAUCGCAUCGAUGGAAAGUUAAAUAUUCCACCUCAAUGUCAGUCGGAUGACAAGGGUUCUCAAGCGCUGUGUCAACCAAGUAAGCAACUAAAUUUUUUGGUCUGAUUAGUUAUUCUGGUUUUCGUGGUUGUUUUUCUUCUUGCCAUUGACCUUCUAAAGUAGAGGGAAAUCAGAGUAAAUUGAGAUACACAGAUGACCAGAAGACCAUUUCUAAAAACAAUCUGCUAAAGUAUAACUCGCGGACAAGCAUAUACCUGUUCGCAGACUUUACGCUCAAGAUAGCGACAUGACAUCGACUGGGGAUGAAAUGACUUAGUUUAGUUUAGGGUAAAAAUGACUCAGAUGAUUUUGAUUUUAUCAACCGAGUUGAUAAUGGUAAUUUGCCCCCGUAAAGAGUUUCAAAGCUGAAUUUCGAGCGUUAGCCCUUUGUCGUGGCGGGUGUUAUACUCCCCCACCGACGUAGCACCACAGUUUCUUAAGAGAGGAUGUCAGCAUCCAUCGAACAAAUUUGAAAUAUUGUGGCAAGUCGCCCAAAAUUCGUUUUCUCUCCGACUUUCAUAUUUUGUAGCCCAAUAUGUCCUAGAUAAUUGUCCGACAUACUUUUACUAUGUCGAAAAGUACCACCAAAACAAAGACAGUGACCGAUAUAACAGAAUCUACAGAGCUUCUAGCUUUUAAAAGACAAAAGGAUGGUUAUAAAGUUACUGUAAAAAUUUCCUUGUGUAUUUGUGUUGUUCUAUCGUGAGACGAACUCAAAGUCCGGCAUUAAAUUUAGGGUCUGUUUAGAUGGAGGUGGGGGACCUCAGGUCGCCUGUCAAUAUAAUUUCUUGUUUUAUUUUGAUCACGUUUGCAUGAUAGGUGGGGUGACCCGCUUAGGCGGGUUGCCCGGUCUGCCAGGUAGGGUAACCCUGUCAGCAAUUUGCUAUGUAAACGUCUCAAGGCGGGGUAACCCGCCUAGCCGGGGUAGCGUUCAUGGCAAAAAGCUCAAAAGCGAAAUAUGUAUGUUUUAAAACUUUGUACAUACCCUAGCCGUCUCAUGGCAGAAAUCAUCAGAAACCGUAACGGACACACAAGGAGUGUAAAAUGUUCACAUUUCGAAAUAUUUAGCGUUGUAAAUUAACCAUAUUUGGUUUCCCAAAAUAUUCCGUUUAACGUAUUAAGUCAACGGUUCCUCGCGAAACCAAACACCGCGUAAUACAACGUGUGACGCUUUCAUGAACAAAUACAUUUGUGAGCGAGGAUUAAUCUUCCAUCUUUUUCGAGAUGUGAGCUUGGGACACCUCUGCUCAGACUCCUUAAUUGCAAGCGCAACAACAACCUCAAGAAACCUCACCCCAGCACCCCGGGGUUUUAAGAUUGCAUGUAAACGCGUUUUAUUUUUCGACCACGGUUAGGCGGGUUACCUCACCUACCUGGGGUCCCCCACCUCCAUCUAAACAGGCCCUUGCCUACUUGUCGCCAUCGUUUAGUAGCAUAAAUCACAACAAUUUGUAAACAAAUAUCUGACAUAACACUCUUACCCUAUUUAUUUAUGACUUUAUUAGCUGUUUCGAUGAUCAAAUUAUGCCCUACCUCAUUUUAGCCAGAUUUAAAAUCUUCUCCACGUUAUUAUAUCAGUUGCAUGACAAGCGUGACACAUAAAUUCAAGGAUGAGUCAACCUCCGAAUUACCAAGAGAUAGGUUUUUUUCCCCUCUUUGCAUAUCUGCAUAUCUAUAAAAACCUUCCAAGAAUUACUGUAUUCAGAAAACUAAAAUAUCCAGAUCCAUCAAUGGUUCCUUUGCCGGCGGAAGUCAAAGAAUGUUCACAAAAGUCAAUUCGAUUGACAAGCUCCAUACUGAUUUAGCUAAUUGUUCUGUUGUGUAAGCGUCUCAUCUUACAUGCUAACAUGAAGAUUUGCUGUUCAUUUAAAUCGUUCGCUGGUGGGACUUUUGGGUAUCGUUAUCGAGAAGACCGACGUUGCAUAUCUCAGGUCGUUCCCUUGCGUAGUUGUAAAAAAGACAUUUCAAGUCACUUGCGGAGAUCCAGAAACUGAAGUUAAUCUUAUUUUGUCGCGAGCCGGCAUCUUCGAGACACCAGAAGAUACCGAUAAUUUCACAAUCUGCCCCACUCGUAGAUCAAAUAUCGGUACCGGUGUUGGGUGCCUAAAGAAGUGUACGGCCGUGGUAAAGGUAGGGUUGAGUCGAUUCCAAAAGCUGAUUGGGGAAUUUGCAAGCAUGUACCACAGAUAGUACGCAAGACGUCUGGAAAAUUCACUGUACCACCUUGUGCAAAAUUACGCGUUCCGUCAGACUUAGGUCUCGAUUGGGAAUUGGUCAAUACACACCCUGUCAGCACCCAGUAACCCGCUUUUAACUACUACGCCGCUACUGAAACAACGAUUAGUAGCCACAAAAGUGACAUAUUCAAAUAUUGUCAAUUCAACAUAAACAAAAAUCUUCAUACAGGGUAAAUAUUCAUUUUUGUUGGGAUCAAUUAUUGCGUGACUAGCUUAUGAUAUAAAUGGGGUAGGGGAAAACACAACUUAAAACCUGGGCUCCUGGCAAAAAGUAAUACCGAAGCGUAAUAUAGUAACCGAAACAGCUUCUUGGUCUUAAAAAAUCAUAAGUAAACAAGGUAAGAGUGUUAUGUUAGAUUUUUUUUACAAAUUGUAGUGAUUUAUGCCAAUAAACGGUGGCGACAAGUAAGCAAAUUUUGCCGGACGUUGAGUGCGUCUCACGAUAGAACAACACAAAUACACAAGGAAAUUUUUACAGUAACUUUAUAACCAUCAGUAGAUUCUGUUAUUUCGGUCAUUGUUGAAACUGUCUUUGUUUUGAUGCUACUUUUCGACAUAGAAAAAGUAUGUCGGACAAAAAUAUUUACCAAAAAAUAAAUAUUUCUUUGCUAGCUUCAAUACUGAGAGGGGAUUAAGUUUCGAUGAUGAAAAAAAGAUUAUGUUGACAGAAAUAUCGGAGGUCAAGUAAAUUCGUUACAUGAGGUCACGCACUCGGGUGAUAUUCACGGUGAAAAUUUGCAUGUUUAAGCGGUCGAACGAAAAAAAUCAUUUCUCGAAAACUAAAAUAUAUUUUCACGAAAAAACUACACCAAAAUUAUAACGACAUAUUGGGCUACAAAAUAGUAGGAGUGAAAGCAACUUACCCUCCUCAUUGAUGAUUCAGCUUGGCAUAUCUUUCAUGAAUGUAAUCUGACUGCUCAUAAGAUCACUUGACUUCAGUUAAGGGUUACCUAAUUUCUUUUAACGGGUGACAUAACCUUUUUUGGAUGCGAUAUAAUUCUAUUCAAAGGUUACAUUACUUUGAUAAUGGCUGACAUGACUUUCUUUGGAGUAAUAUAACUUAGUUUUAAGUACAACAAAGUUCCAAAAAUUUCUCAAGUUAAGCUUUAUUAAAGGUGAAUAUAUUCAACUUUUCUCUUCUUGUAGUGUUGAUUACACAGAAUCUGACUUAUUUUGACAUCUUCCAUACCGAACCAUUUUUUUUUUUGCAGAAAACAAGAAUGUGUUGAAAAGAAAUGAACUCUAUUUUGAUAUUGGUAGCAGAGAAAAGCUUUAUUGCUCUAUAAACAAUAAAACCAAUUAUGCUAGAUGGGUCAUCAAUGGGCGAAAGCUUGAAAUAACAAACUCUACUUCUGAAAGGAUCAAGGCUAAAGACAAUGGUGAUCUGUUCAUUGAUGACGUGCAGCUGUCUGAUGGAGGAAUAUAUGAAUGCCAGAGAUUGGAAUAUGUUCAAUAUUACAUUGUCUACAUAAAUGGUAUGAAAACACAUCUUUUUAUCUUGUAGAAAUAGGCUUAACAUGCAUGACAAUGUCAUGUAAGACAAGUGCACUUCUGACCUUUCAACAGUAUAGCUACGAUAUUAGUGCUUUUCGUUACUGCUUUCAACAGCAAGAUUUACUCAGAAGACGUUGGACCAACAAACCUUUAUUGCGUACACGUCUGGCAUUAUAAGCUGUAGUGCUGGUGGAACACCAAGUCCACAGAUUUCUUGGAGUAAGAAAGGAGGAAAGUCCUUAGACCCGAGACGAUUCGCUCAAAUAUCCAACGGCAGCCUGCGUAUUGGUUUUGUAAAGCCUGAAGACGAUGGAACAUUCAUCAUCUGUACCAUGACACAAACUAAAGGACCACAGAGGGUCUCAAGCAGAGAUAAAAACAUACUAGUGACAGUUAUAAGUGAGUGACUAAUGAGAUAAUAUAUAGAAAGUCACAAAGUCAGUCCUUCAAAUGUAAUUAAUUUAAUUUACUCAUUUUCAAAACCUUUUCGCUGCUCAUACUCACAGGUAUGUGAGGUUACAUUUUAUCGUGAAUAUGUUCGUUUUCGUUGUUUGAAAGUAGGGUUGUCAUGUUAAAAAAAUUAUACUUAGGUUAUUUGUGAACGGUGUAGUUUCCUCGUCAUGACUCAAAGUAAGUGCCCUGUGACGAAGUUUAUAGUUUCUUUUCAAACUGGUAAUGUGCCUAAAUCGACUUCGGUUGGUCUUGGUGACAAAUUCACUUUCUGAAUGCAGUAUAAUCGUUUGUCGCGCCAUGAAGAUACUUUGGAUAUGGAUCGCGACUUUUUGACUGCAUAUUGUGUCUUCUUCCUGUUAUAAGGUCGGUAGAUAUGCAUGACCUUAUGAAACUCUCUGUUUGGCUGUGAUUGACUGGAAUCCCACACAGGAUUCGAUUGGCACACUGACCAAAUGUUCUUCCGGAGUCCACUGUCGCAAAGUUACCCUGUUUUUGUGUUUCUUGUGGUCAGCAUUCAUAUUUUUGGGAUGUCUAUCCUAAUGUCCAAUUUAUGCUGUAACAGUCUCAUGUGGAUGGCCUCUUUUACCCUGCGUUUAAUAAUAACAUGAUCACUAUCAAUAUACUCUACUUCAGUCCAGAGCAGGUGGUUUCCACGUGUCUCCUGAAACUGCAGAGGCCUUUGUCUUAGCAUGUCGUUUCUCGAUCUGCCAUAUUGCUCGUUGAACCUUACUUCCAUAGGUCUGCCUGCUCCGCCGAUCUAAACUUUGCCGCACUCACAUGGAAUCUUGUAAACCACGGGCUCUUGUUUUAAAGAUGCAGUGCCAUGGAUGGCGGGUGUGUUGUUACUAUUUGUAACAUCAGUGAAGUGAAUGAGAUGCUCUCGGUUCUUCAAAUGCUGUAGGAAGCUAUCAGCGUUUUCGCGAACCAAGAUUGUGAAUGUGUCAUAUGCAUAACGUUUCCAGAUCCUUCGCUGGUAAGAUGAUAAGGUUAUCGAUUGCUCCUAUAACUCUAUAUGUGGAGAUUAGCAAUAACGGCGGAGACCAUACUCCCUAUGGCUGCGCCUUCUGUCUUACGUAGACUGGUGGUCCGAGAUAAUAGGAGUAUGUAGACCUCAAUACGAAGUUCGAAAGGUUCGCGAUCUGACAAACGAUUAUACUUCAUAUUAAGCGCUACUGUCAUCAUCAAAUGUUCAUUUAGUUACUGCGUCUAAUGUGUUCAAUGUAAAUGAUAUAGGAACACCUCCGAUUUUCCAGUAAUAUGUUAUUUAUUUACCUUUAAGUUCGACCAAAAGUUUGUAUUUCUGGAGCAAGCAAUUUCACCAUAGAAGGAAGCAAUGUAAACUUGACGUGUAAAGUUGUGGAAGGUCGGCCUGAACCACGGAUCACCUGGCUCAAGAAUAAUACAUUGCAAAGAGAGAGUUUGUCUCUCUUCUUUUCUAAUAUAACAAAGGAGGACGAAGGGCGGUACACUUGUAAGGCAGAGAAUGAAGCAGGAAAUUCUACCAAAUACACUGACAUUUCUGUAAAGGGUGUGUUUGUAAAGUUCAACUGUAUUAUAAAUCAGUCAUGCAUUUGAUAUGCCUACGGAGUGCGAAUCAAUAGCCAGUGGGCCUGACUCUAGAUCAAGGUUUCUGGGUCUGAGCUAAGGGUAAGGUAAUUGUAGAAAACUAUCAGAAAAAUUUUAAAAAAUGCAAGGGCUUUCAGCUAUUAUCUGCGACUGAUUCACCAGUGAGGACCAGGUCCUGGAUGAAUAAUUUUUUCAGAACGCUUCAUUAGUUAUUUAUUGCGAAGAAUUGGAAGGUCUUUACAAUUGUUCCUUUGUUCCCGCUAUAACAAUUUGAUGAUAUCAUGGCUAAGUUAGUAAUAUAGCCUGACUGACAUGGUUUUUGGAAGGAUUUGUUUGAUAUGGUAAAAAAGUGGCUCGUUGUCUUCUUCUCCUUCUUUUUUAAUGUUAUUUAUUAUUGUAAUUUUUUUUCUUUUUGUGGGUGGGGGAGGGGGGGGGGAAGGUUGGGUGGCUUCUUAUUUUGUAAUUUGUGUUUACAUGCUUACUUUGCAGUUCCACCCCAUGUUCGUGAUGAGUCUAGAAAUCUCACCAUUGAAUUUGACUACCCUUUUAUUAGAGAGUGUUAUUUCAGAGGUGACCCACAAGUAUCUGUCUACUGGACCAAGGAUGGAGUGCUAAUUAGUAAAAACAACACCUUGGUUAUAAGAAAAGCGACGUUUAAAGAUAAAGGCUAUUAUGAAUGUACUGCUAAAAAUGAUUAUGGCGAAGCAAACUCUUCCUUCUGGAUCGAUGUCACAGGUAAACCCAAAAUUGUAGUUUAUGUCAUUUAUCAAACUUGUAACUUAACAGAGCGUUUGUUUUAAAGUUUAAGCCAAAUUUAAAUAGACCUAUUUUUUUCUCUUUUCAUCCAUUUCCUGGUGACUUAGAGUUGAUUCUGACUUACAGACACACAGAUUGUAAAUGAAGAUAAAUCCGUAACCAAAGAAAUGAUUAAAAACACCUCCCGCUAUUAAGGAAUUCCAAAUCCUGUGGUCCACUCUAACAUUUUUAUCCUUGGACGCAUGUCAAAAUACUCAAUUUGGAGACGUCAAAUGACAGAUUUCCUUUUUUUUUAUCACAGAAUGCAAAUGUUUCACAUUGUUUUGAUCAUCAUUGCCUAAUGACUUUUCAAAUUCAAUAUAUACUGCUAAAAAAAUAAAACUGAUAGUCGUUAAACAUAUAGGUUUUUAACAUCACACUCAACAACCAGAAAGAUCAAAUUGCUCUGUGAGCAAACUCGGGAAUUGACACAUGAUUUUUUGGAUUAUGUUCUCUGGUUUAGGGAAUUUUGUGGUUAAUUGUCAUAUCUAGAGUACGAGCAGUAGUUCAGUGUUCGCUAAUGUAGCAAAGAAACAAAGUAACGUUGGGAUAAGAAGGCAUUACAGUUGAAAUGAUCAUGCUAUUACAUUUGACAAGGGUGGAUGAUGUCAUGUGUUUUAAACGUAUAUCAUUUUUUUUCUGGUUCAAAAGAAAAGGUUGGAAGUAAAUGUGGGUGAAAAGUGAAAUUUACUGUCUAUCAUUGUAAAUAUUAGAAAAUCAAGGCAAUACUGUCUUAAUGAAAACAUUAACGAUUCCCUCUUUAUCAAAUGAGACAAACGGGAACGAGUUUUGAGUGAUAUAACUAAGCCAAGACUGUCACCGCCAUUUUGGAUCUCCGCCUGGGUAGAUUUUAGUCACGUGCUAGGCAACGUAUAAUCAAUAACAAGAUAGAAUUUCAUUUCAGGCCUGUUUAUCAAUUUUGUGGUGUAUAACUUUCGCAUUUUAGUACAUAAAAUGUAUUUUGAAUCUUCAAAUUGUCUUGAAACUUAAAAGAAAAUUGUUCUUUAAAAAUUCACUGAAAAUCGGUAGCUAAAAUUGUUUGUUUAGGUGUUAUUUGAUUUUCGUGUUAACUUGUAAUUUCGUCAGUCGCCGGCACCCUUUGUUGCUUCACACAGGAAAAACACACGAUAAGAAACGUAAUGAUCAAUUUUUUCCUCAACUCACGCCAUAACAGAAAAAGCUUUUGAACAUCUGUAAACUCCGAGCGCUUCGCAGUAAGUGAUAUUUUCAAUGAAUCUUCGGAUUGUUUUCAAGUUCAAGGAUUAUAAAUUACAAUUUUAUGAAAAACGAAAGUUGUCUGUUAUUUCAGUGUGAAUCUUUGCAUGCCUGCCAGUCGCUGGCGCCGCUUGUUGAAACUAAAACGAAAAAAAAACUCCUUUAAGAUUAUCAUUGGCUUCUUUUUCACCCCACCACUAUUCUUAGCAACAAAGGUCGCUAUUCCGUUUUUUUAUUGCUCGCCAAAAACUAUCAAAUGCACUCAAAAGCCUAAAAUCGAAAAAAAGUUUACAGGAAUCUGUUAACGCGCAAUUCACGAGUUAAAAAAAAUGAAGGUUAUUGGCACAACUGGGACAACUUAAGGCAAAACAAUAUCUUUUUAUUCUGAACGCGAAGAAAACCUUUAUAAAAAAAUUGACCUUGGUUAAAAAUAGACUUGAACAUCGCGUUUCUUGUUUUGAUUUUGUUGUUGUUGUUGUUUCGUCGUUUUAUUAAAGGUUAGAUAAAUGGGGUUAAAGUGGAUUAUACAAACCUUAUUAAUUUUGGUUCUUUUUUUAUUGAAGUAUUUCCGCAGAUUAUAAAGCCUCCGAUAAACCAGUCUGUUACUGAGGGAAACUCUGUGAACUUUAGUUGCCGAGCCACAGGUGUGCCAACACCAACAUUAGUCUGGGUUUUUAAUAAUGGUGACCUGCCAUCUGGUAUCAAUCAAUUCAAUCACAAAGGAGAAUCAUUCCUGGAAUUUUUAAGCGUCACAAAAGGGAUGGAAGGGACUUACAAGUGUGAAGCGAAAAAUAAAGCAAAUACAACUAGUUCCUCUGCAACACUGCGUGUAUACGGUAAGUUUAAUGAUAAUGACGAUAAUGAUGACGAUAACGAUAACGAUGACGCUGACUUUGACGAUGACGCCGACGAUAUCCAUGGCGAUGAAGGAAGAUGAUGUGACGCCAACGCUGAACUGAUGUUGACGAUGAGGGUGACAAAUGUGGACCAGGAUUUUAAUCAGUUGCCUUUUUCUUAACGCAGGAAAAGCCUCUGUUCAAGUUUUUCCAGAUCAGUAUCCAGCAAUCACAGCAGGAGACAACCUCACGUUGACCUGCAACGUCAACGAAGAAACAAUAAAUGUAACUUGGAAAAAAGAUGGAGACUCACCACCUGAAAGAGCAAAGAUUGAUACACGAUUCGAUGACAAAAAGAGUACAUUUGCUGUAACUGAAGUUGUGAAGGAGGACAGUGGUGUGUAUUCUUGCGAGGGACGUAACAAGCUCGGUUUUGUUGACCGUUCCUUUGUAGAAAUAAACAUCAAAGGUAAGCUGGUUUUACUGUUGUGUCCUUAAAAGGCAUAAUACUUUACUAAUUGAAAAAUAUAUUUCCAAACAGAUUAAAACUAUUUUUCAGUUAAAGACGAAACAAAUGUGGGUCACCUGGCCCAUUUGCAUGAAAUUACCUUGCAUCGCUCUGUGAAUUUCAGUUAUUUAGCUUCUAAGAGCAGGUGUCAAUCAAGGGUUAAAGAAUGUGCUAAGCUAUUUCAAAGCUAUUCCAAACAACUUGAAUUUUAUCAGUACUUUUACUACCGUCGAGAUUUGUCUAAUGGCCAUAUAUUUAUCUUACACAAUUAGCGAAGCAAGUGCCACGAGCUAUGCAAAGUUUCAACACUUUGUGGUUUUACAUUGGUGGAUCAGUGGCGGCAGCGAUUGUCAUUUUGCUAAUUGCCUGGUAUUUCUGCAAGCUUCGAAGGGCAGGUGACGUCCAUUUUUCUGUGUUAUUUCAGAUUUCUUUUUCUGAAAGUAAAAGAAGGAAAUGUCUGUCAUGUCUGCUGGGGGGGGAUGAGGAACCCUGAGCUUAGAGUCUAAGAGCAGAGAUAUUUUUAUAAGAAUUAUUCGUAUUCGGCCAAAAAAUGCUAAAUUGUAGAGUUUUUUUCACAUCUGUAUAUGUUUUGAUAACAAUUACAAAUUCAGAUUCACGUCACCCUUCAUUUGCGCAAAUUCAAAUUAUACUGCCAUUACACAGAAAUUUUAUUAGAAUUUUAUGUCAGUGUUUUGGGGUACGAAAGAGCUAUCAUAGCAGGUGAUAUUGUGCAUUUCCAGCACUGAUUUUGAAGGUCCUUCUUUAGUCCCGGAAAGUCCAUUAACCAAUCAAAUUACAAAAAGGUUAAAAAUUAUAUCCAGCUGAUCACCAUGACAACCAGCCAUAUUCCUUCUCUCGUUGUUGACAACAGAGUCAAAUAUAUGAUACACGUGGUUUCUGAGUCGCAAGCUUUCACUAAGUUAAUGAUGUCAUUCUUACUUACAACGAAGCUAUUUCUUCGAUCUUUUUCCACAUAUCCUUUGAUAAUAGCCCCACCUGAGGUGCCACCUAGGUUGAAGUAAGUAAAUUCUCUCUUUUUGUGAAUGCUCGCUGUUUCAACGUGUCACUAUAUCCGAAGUUUCUAACUGUUGAAUAGUCUCAGUAGAAUAGUGAUAAGCGCCAUUGCUGAGCAAAUACGUCUUUUCUCCAGUUUGGACCUAUCAUAUUCACCAUCAAGAGCUCACAGGCCAAAAAGGGGUUUUUUCUUUCGAAGCAGCGGCAUUCUUCGAAGCCGUUCUUAUGGCAGUCAAAUGUUUCCUGAUGUUCUUUCUGUUUUGGUUUCAUCCGUCUUUUACUUGUCUUGACACCUUGUUUAAUAUAUAUAUAUUUUUUUUUACUAGCAUGCUGGGUUGUGGGUGGCAUACUUAUAAGAAAAAGAGGCGCUUUGAUCCCUCGUCACUCUUUGUUCCAGAAACUGCAGUUGAAAUACACUCGGAGUCUUGUAGGCCGAUUUAAAAUGCCAGUCGAUAUAUCGACUGUAGACAAUACUUCGGAUGGUUUCGGUUAGUAUUUCAUUUCUCGCGUGGGAGAAACGAUAUUUGUAUGAGGUAAAAUGCCGAAAAACGCAGUCGGCGCAAGGUUAUCUUCAUGCGAGGUUAAAUCAAUCCUCUUUUUUUUCUUUCAAUAAAAUCUCCUCUUCUGGGGCGAUGCGUCAACAAACGGGUUCAGCAGAUUAGUAUCCAAAUUUCACCUAUCUCAGUAAUUUUUUCAUUGGCAAGUAAUAAUUUUCUGACGUACUCUGAAAAAAAAAUUAUCUUUAAAUGAAAAAAAAGAGAAAAAACUCUUAAAGUGAAGAUAUAGAGAAUAUAUUUACCACGUUACGUUUAAAUAGAUUAACAGAGAGAAAAGAUAGAUAGAUAACAAAGAUAGUUUAAGUCUUGUUUUCAUCUGCAAUUAUUCAGUGAAGGGGAAGAUGAAGUUGAGAUGGAUCAGCUGAAGGUAAACACCGAUGGAUGGGAGAUUGCAGUUGACCGCCUGAUCCUUCGCGAGCAUAUUGGCAGAGGGGCAUUUGGUUCAGUGUGGCGAGCGCUACUGGGUCGUUCCCGUGGUAGACCUGGAAAUCGUACAGUUGCUGCCAAGUGCUACUUACGUAAGUACUUUUUUUUUUGUCUUUCUUUCAUACAAAGCUUGAUCAAACUAUCCUUUAUUGAUUUUUUGUGUUUCAUCUUAAUAGAGAGCAUUUUUCUUAAAACACGCUUUAUUAAACUAUUUGAUACAUAACAAUUAUAGCUUAUAGAUAUACGCUGUUAAAAUGAAUUAUCAGCUGGCAUGUCAAAUAGUUAGCAGAUGGUUCUCCGAGGGACCAGUCGUUAAGUCUUUUGUCAUACAACACCACAAACAUUCAACAGAACACGAAUAUCAUUUGGAGUACUAGAAGCUGUGGAGGCUAACGCAAAUUUAUUGAUCAAAUUGCAUCCAAGGGUAUAAAAGCGGAAAAUACUACAAUAUUAAAAAUUUCGGUCCACUUUCGCGCCACCUCCAAUCACCCGCUGUUCACCUGUAACCUGAUGUCGCAUAUUUUGCAAAGUUGCCCGCUUAGAAACUUUUGAUGUGAAAUCAUGACUAGUGACCUCAGAGAAACCUAGAGAGGGUGAGCCUUAAGCGAAAAAAUUGGAGCCAUAUGCCCAUCUGGUGGUGGUAGUAUGAUCUUCUUCUGUUGGAAAAAGCUGGAAAUCAUAAUGCAGUCGAACCUGCAUCAAGCGGCACCGUAUUAAGCGGUUACCCUGUGAUAAGGGGUCGGUUUUCAAUGCCCCAAAAUUUUCUUCACUACUCGUAGUACUUUUUAUACCAAGCGAUUUUGGUCACCCAUUACUUUGUCCCAACAGCCUAUUUGUAAUGUUCCCUACCUGCACUGAACGGUCAAUAAAGCGGAAGUACUCAAAUAAAAUUAAGAAUAAUUUUUCAAGUAAAAUUUAAUCCAAGUUAAUCUCCCGAAAUCAAUGUUAGAAGUAUUAUGGAGCGAGGUCAUGUAUGUUAAGUGGUCCGUGAUGGCAUAGAAUGGCGAUUUUUAAUUUUCAUCAAUAAUACUCCUAUUCCGUGGAACCUUUAUUAAACGGUCGACCCGUGCAUGACCGCUAAAUACAGGUUGGACUGUCUCAAGCUUACAGAGUCAAAUGAAUUUACAAUAACUCUGGAAAUGCUUAUGAGUUUAUGUAACAUUUAAUGUGAUAAAAGCAAGGAUUAUGUACCAUAUGAACCGUAGGGAACAAGAAGGCGCUAAUAGAGGAUAUUCUAAAAAAACCAAUGGUCUCAAAUGUCUAUUCGACCGAUUAGGUAUUAUAACAGGUGCGAUUUCUAGGCUUAAUUGCGUCUCUACUUUUGUGAGUUGUCUGUAAAAUAAUUGCGCGGUUCUAUGAGCUUGCCAGAUGAUAACAAUUGCUCGGGAUUUUCGGUAAGUAUGGAUUUUAUGGGGUUUAGAAAACGAAAUUUAAUUUGUCUUAUGCAGACCAAAUGCAUUGUAAUUUGCUCCGAUAGUUUAACACCAAGUAUACAAUACUUGCAAAAGUGGAUGUUCACCACAUAAACAAUUGUGUCUCUCAUGACAUGCAAAUUUCUUUUUGUAUAUUUUAUUUUUCGUGGUUUCCUAGCAAUCUCCGGAGAGAAAGGAAGGAAGGCCCUGCUGAGAGAGAUCGAGUUAUUAAAACUCUUUGGAAGGGAGGGCCAUGAAAAUGUUGUUAAGUUCAUCGGUUGUGUUACAGUUGGAGGUAAUCAGCUAUUGUUAUGAUUAUAAUCAGCUAAUUCACAGUAACGAUAAAAACAUAUCUGACGUCAACCAGUAUUGCUUAGAUGGUGCACUAAUUCAAGGGUUAUUUCCAGUUUUUGUCUCAUCUAAAGAAAUUUACUUCGCACUGUAUGUAGGCCAUUUUACUUGGAAGAUUUAAGCUCUAAAAUGUACAUGCUAAUUGUGAUAAUAGCUUUAACUUACGAUGGCAAGUCUCUGUCUUUUUAUCUGCCAUCCCUAUUUUUCUGUCUUUCUGUUUAUCUGUCUGUCUGUCUGUCUGUCCAUCUGUCUAUGCGUUUAUCUCUAUUUCUCUCUCUGCUGUGUGUCCAUCCGUUUUCUAUCUGCGUUUUUUCUUCUUUGAAUUUCCCUCUCUGUCUCAGAUAUAACCUAAUGUAAAUGUAAAAUGUAAAAUGUAAAACUAGAUAAACCAUGUACAUUUCAAACACAUUUUGGAACUUCUGUACUGCUUGCCAUAUAAUAAUUUUCUUGUUUUUCCCUCUUAGCUCAGCCAAUACUUAUCAUGGAGUACCUGUGGCGAGGUGACUUGCUGGGCUAUCUCAGAAAAUCCAGGGGUGUUUUCGACCAAUAUCAUCAUGGAGUCGGAAGGGUCGACCACUUGACAACGUAUGACAUGGUGCUGUUUGCUAAACAGAUCGCACAUGGUAUGACUUUCCUCGCGUCCAGAGGGGUAAGUGCUCGAACUCUUCCGGGUUGUGGUCCUGCAUGUGUUAAAAUGGCAUGACUUGCAAAUCGUGAGAAGAAUACGCUGUGCGGCUAAAAAGAUCCAGCACAUUAGAAUCACUAUUCCACAGAGAAAUGGUCUGACAUUAGCAUGACGUUAAAAUUUCUACCUAUAUUUUAUUAUUUUAUUCUAUGUAAUUUAUCAAAGUCCCUUUUAUCAGAUCAUAUCAUUUUUUUUUCGAUUUCAGAUAAUUCAUCGCGAUCUUGCAGCUCGUAACAUCCUUCUUGAUGAGCAUCGUGUCUGCAAGUUGACUGACUUUGGGCUCUCUUAUCAGGAUUUCAAAUACGGCCCAGGAAAUGCCAAGGGGGUAAUUUUCAGAAUUUCUUCAUCAUUCGGUCAAUUUGUUUUGGGGCUGCUGGUAUGGAAGAUAAAAAUGUGAAGAAUUUAAAUAUUACUGUCCUCACAAACCUUUCUUUUCAGUUAUACAGUUUUACUGCAAAAAAAUAUUUCCCUUCAAUGGGAAGCCGUUCUAAGCGUAUCGAAACUUUCACAGAAAAAAAAUUGUACCCAGGGAGUGAACACAGGAAAUAAGAAAGCCGGAAGAGAUAUCGUUCUCUGAAUAGCAAAGACACAAACUCGAAGGGCAAAGAAACACAGGAGAUUUAAAGAAAAAGGAGUGUGUGAAUUGUUUUCAUAGAAUUUGUACAAAGGUGUCUACUGCUCUUGACAUUAUCGUAAGUCCUCACAUCACGGUUUUAAUCUUAUUUGCAAAAUAUUUUAGAAGUUGUAUACAAGGCUCUUUAGAUGUCAGAUGUCUAUAGUAUUUUGGUUACUCAUCCAGGGAUGUAUCCCAAUCAAAUGGACUGCACCCGAGAUUCUCUUUGGACAUGUGGAACAACUGUCAACCAAAAGCGAUGUGUACGUACUGUAUUGGUUAUUAUCAACAUAUAUUCCAAGAGUGAACAUUUUUACGAUUCUACCUUAACUUAGCGAGGAAAACUAGAAUAUUCAGUGAUCUAUUGAUUAGAGGGUCAUUAAGAAACGUCAAGCUGGGAAACAGCUGAGGUUACAGCUGUAGUAUGAGACUUUACAUGAAUAUUAAGUUUAACGAGCAAUAUCCAAAAUCUGAUUAGGAUAAGAACAGACGGAUGAAAGGAUGAGUGGAUAAUCAAACAAAUAAAUAUGGCGUUUUCUGUUAAGGAGGUUGCUUAUGUCUUGAUGGCAUGUUUUUAAACAUCCCAAGUAUCUGAGUGAUUAUAAUCUUUCUACCCCAGUUGAGAUAUAUAGUCAUCCUUCUAUUUCUUUGACAGGUGGUCCUACGGCAUCGUCCUGUAUGAAAUCUUCACUGUCGGUACUUAACUUGUUUGUUACUUUACAUUCAGGAAAUAUACCUGCCGAGAUUGCACGCACAAUUACUAAUUGAUGAGUGAUACCGAGCGAACAAAAGAGCAUUGUACGAUAGAGAAGUUGAAGCAGUACUCAAUGUUGCUGAUAAAUAAAAUUAUGACGAUGCAUAACAACUUGACAUAAAACUUAAGUUUAAGUAGAACUGAAAGUAUUUAGUACAUUAUUGAAAAACCUUAAAUCCAUCGCUACAUUUAAAUUUGUUUUUUUUACAGUACUCUUUCAUCUGAUGUAAAACCGAAAUCUAUUUCAGCAAUUAAUUGUCGUUUUCACAGAAGAAUCAUUUCGAUCGCCCUGAGAGGAAUGAAAGUGAUUACAACAAAAAGAGUGUGCUUUUUUGGCGAACAGAAAAAAACAUUAUUUUUCCACAGGAGGCAUCCCUUACGAAGGAUGGUCUCAAUCCACGACAAUGAAAAAAAUCGAAGAAGGUUAUCGUCUGCCAAAGCCUGAACAUAUCGACGACAGUUUGUAAGUGUUGCUUCCUCUGUGUGGAAUGUUAUAUAAGUCAAAAGCAAUAUCGAUUGCUGCUGUGGUCAGGUGUUUUUGAUACUCUUGGUCUGAAUAAGAAGUCUUCCUAAGAAAUUAAUCUUAUCUUGUCAAUACAAAAAUUUAAAUGAAAAGUUGUUGAGUCAAAUAAAGAAUACGGUGGGUUUUUCAUCACAGAAUUCGUUUGAGCUGCAAUGUAAUGAGAUAAACUUAGCAUUUCAGUUAUUUUUGUAACUAGUUGUGGUUUCUCAACUUUGCUACUUGCAAUAUUAGUGCCUAUCGCGGAAUUACUGUGAUCAUAUGUCCCUGUGUUUUUCUAUAGAUACGCGGUGAUGUUAAACUGCUGGAAAUACGAAAGCGCCAGCCGGCCACACUUUGUGAAGCUCUACCAAACAAUGGAUACAUAUAUUAAAACAAAGGUUUGCCAUACAGCGUCUAAUUCAGGAUAUACUUUAGCAAUUGAAAUUGGUAUCCUAUCAAGUCAAUUGCGAAUUUCUUUUCACGUCAAUGUGAUGUCAAAACGCAUUAACUACCCAGCCGCUAACAAUUUGUGAAUUCAGUUUCAUCAUGAACCAAUGUUACUUUUUAAACAUAUGCAAGUGUGGUUACGUCAUGUCAGUCUGGAUCAUCCUUAUUUUCCCUCUGUUGUCUACACACAAGAAAGAACGGAACAGAUCUUAAAAUUACACUUUUGGAAAACUUUGACAGAAAGGGAGACCUAACCCGAAUUUUUUCCCUAUCAAUUCAUGCAAGUACUAAUGGUUCUUGUCUUUGUGACCGAUAUCUGAUCUGCUCUUUUUUUGUCUUUUUAGUGACUCAUUUUUGAAAUUCCUUCGUUCAAGAUUUUUUAACUCAUGCAGUUCCUGAUUAACUUCUAAUCUUUUUCAUAGACAUAUGUAGAUAUCUUUGACGAUGACAAGUAUGAUCAGGAUAAGUACAACUUUGUCGAUGACCGUGGAGCUGUUGCAAACCCAGAAGAUGCAGGAGCGGACGAGCUAGGAGCAGCUGCAGCAAAUCCCAUCGGUGAAGUGGGUGAACUCGGUGCUAUGGCACAUCCCUUUCUGGUUGCAAUGGACGAUGGCGCUACAGCUUUCCCUUUUGGAAUUAACGUAGGAGACGAAGGAGCACUUGCAACAGGUCCCGACCGUGAUAUGGGUGAACACGGUGCUACGGCACAUCCCUUUGUGAUUGCAAUAGACGAUGGUGCUACAGCUUUCCCUUUCGCUAUCAACGUACAAGAUACAGGGGCAGCUGCAGCAAAUCUCGCCCAUGAAGUGGGUAAGCACGGUGAUGCUGCACAUUCCUUUGUGGUUGCAACUGACGAUGGUGCUACAGCUUUCCCCUUCGCUAUUAACUUACAAGACAAAGGGGCAGCUGCAGCAAAUCUCGCCCAUGAAAUGGGUAAGCACGGUGCCACUGCACAUCCCUUUGUGGUUGCAAUUGACGAUGGUGCUACAGCCUUCCCCUUCGCUAUUAACUUACAAGACAAAGAGGCAGCCGCAGGAAAUCUCGCCCGUGAAGUGGGUAAGCACGGUGCUACGGCACAUCCCUCUAUGGUUGGAAUUGACGAUGGUGCUACAGCUUUCCCUCUCGGAAUCAAAGUAGAAGAAGAAGGUUGCGCAGCAUACCCUUUUGAGAGUGAUAAGAAAGAUAUGGAUGCCCAAGCGUACCCUUUGGAGAGUGAUACUUUACCAUAUCUUAGCGAGAACGAGGAAGAAGAUGUUGAUGACUCCGAGUGCCCUCUUGCGAUUGAGGAAGAAGAAAUUGAUGACUACGAGUGCCCUCUUGCGAUUGAGGGAGAAGAAAUUGAUCCUUCACCAUCCUCCCUGGUGAUGGACCAAAACGGUCUAGAUGCUUCG